AUGCUUGAGAUGCCCCCAUGGUUAAUCAGGCGCGCUUUCACGCGCCUUGUUCCGGCGUGGCUAAUAUACGCUGCGCUGGCUACCAUCAUUCUCUUUACGAUUAGCAUCCGUCCAUCAUACAAUUCCGAGGAGUAUAUACCUGUUGCGCAGCAGCCGCAGCAGCAUCCACACUCCACGAGAAGAAUUCUACGGCCCGGAGACUUUAUUGACAACAGUCGGCGUAGAAAACUUCCCGAAAUCAGUGGAGAUGCCUCUGCACUAUAUGAUCUGAAGGGCGUUGGAUCUUUACAUGACCACAGAGAUGCGAGAUUCUAUGAAGGGGGGCUUCUGUCACUAACAGCAGAUAAUGAAGCUACUUCGGCAACUCUUCGCUCUGUUGUUUAUGAUCCCUACCCAUCUUACAACAAUCCAUCCUGGCAUCAAGCAUGGAAAGGGAAAUUCCGAGCCUGCCGUGGUCCAGGAGGAUCCGACUUGGACCGAACUAAUUCACGUGACGCCGUCUCUGUCUAUAUGGGAAACCAGCGAGACUUUCCGUUUCCUAUUUUCGGUUCUCACGAAGCCUUAGGAGUGGAUUCGAGUAUUUGCACCGACCGAUGUUCUCGUCUAGGUAUAUACGGAUAUGGAGAAGGCACCAAAGACUGCGGGCCAUGGACACAGUCGCAUACCAGUUUGUGGGAGAAGGUUGGCUGGGGAGAGUUGCAGUCUCAAUGUGCUCGUCGAAAUGGCAAUCGUUAUGAACGAAAGCACCAACGUGCAAAGCAUAGCCUCUCCUCAAAGGCAUUACCCCAUCAGCCAUGGGAUGAGACCGCUCAGUACUCGUCGAGCCUUUCUUCGUCAACUCCGGAAAUUCAACAGUUCCAAGCUCGGUCGGCGAUGUUGGUACGCACCUGGUAUGGUAUAAAAUGGACCCCCGACCACCAUUUGUAUCUCCGAUCGCUCAUCAUGGAACUGUCGCUCCAUUCUAGGGGUGAAUAUGAGAUUUUCCUUCUCAUUGAGGUGAAGGAUGGUGACUUUCAGCCUUCAAGCGAGCAGUCUGCUCAAAAAUUACUGAACAAGUACGUACCACCGGAAUUCCAUAAUAUAACGGUCCUGUUCAAUGAUGAGGUCUUGCGUGCGUGGUAUCCCAAGGUCCCAGAACACGAUGCGAAGUUUCAACAUCUACAAGCCACACAAAUCUUUGCACAACAGUACCCGCAUUUCGAUUUCUACUGGCAAAUCGAAAUGGAUACUCGUAUGACUGGACACGCUUAUCAUUUCUUGCAGCAAGCGGCUGCGUUUGCAAAGCGCCAACCGCGCAAGUAUCUUUGGGAACGAAACUCGUAUUUCUACGCACCGGCGGCGCAUGGAUCUUGGCAAGAUUUUAUGAACAUGGUCGGCAGCUCGUUAAAAGGGAAAUAUACUAUUUGGGGUCCGGUUGCAGCAACCGACGGGCUUGAAAUAGACCCAUUGGGCCCAAAGCCCCCAGUGGCGGAUCCAAGCCAGGACAGCUACCAAUGGGGAGUUGGAGAAGAGGCUGAUUUGAUCACAUUUUUACCGAUAUUCGAUGUCAGAAAGACUAAAUGGGUAUACCCUGACAAGCUAUGGGGAGUUUCCAGGGACCUACCUCGUCGCACAUCGCCUAUUGCUCAAUGGCGCUUGUCGCGGAAACUAUUGAAUGUAAUGCACCGGCACACAACAGAUGGAGCAGCAGUGGUCUCGGAAAUGUCUGGCCCCACGUGGGCGAUGCUACAUGGAUUGAAAGCCGUACAUGUGCCACAGCCGAUUUGGAUAGACGGGCAGUGGAGCGCUAAAGAACUCAUGAGCGUUGUGAACCCCGGUGAGCCUGAGGCAGUCAACGGAGGGGCGGAUUCCUUCUUCAACUGGGACCACAAACUUGAUCAUAUCAUGUAUCGCCUCUCGUACAUGUUCAUUACUCAAGCAGCGGAAGAUCUUUACAGGCGUUGGCUCGGAUACCCGCCUGACAUGAGUCAACGUACGGAUGAGAAGAUCGAAAAAUUCAAGGACCCUAAGGGCCGCUACUUUUACGACGAGGGGGUCUUGAAUGAAGAGAGAUAUGGACACUUAUGCUUUCCACCAAUGUGGAUUCACACAAUCAAGAACACAGCGCGUGAAAAGGGCCCCGAUAGACCGGUACCAGUUGAUGACUGGUUUGACGAAACUCCGGCAGAGGUGAAGAACUUUGAGGACUGA